GGCAGAUAUAACUAGGCGAUUGUUUCUGUGAUGACUAUGACAUGACGCGGAUGGCUUGAUUAGAUGCUGUCUUCGGUGGAUGGACGGUGAUGUGGGCGGUCGGCGGUCCGGGCUGCUCUUCAACGUGGUCGGCAACGUCCUUGGACUCCUGGUGUCCGGCGCGCGGUGGUACGGGCUGUCCCUCUAUGCCACGAAUGAUGUCCUCGGCUUGGCUGGUGAUGUCGUCCAGUCCCUCUCGGCGUUCGGCGGGGUGCGGCGCGACUUCAGUCUUGACACUCUCGGUAGGUUGGUCUUCCAUAUAUGUGUCACGUUCGUUUGUCUGUUUUAUGACCUCUCCUUCGAGUGUGUUUACUUCCGCAUGCGUGGGUUCAGUCUCUGGUCCAAUAUUGAUUUCCUUUGCAUGACACUUCUCCUCAAUUUGCCGUCCUAAUAUCUUGCUUUCUUCCGCUGCUUCCUUCAACCUUUGUUCUGAUUUUUCAAAAUCUUGUUCACUUGCCUUCUCCAUCUGUUGGAUUUCCCUCUUUAAUUCUUCUCUUGCUUGUUUGUCGGCUUCCCUUGCCUGUCUGAUUUCUUCCCUCCACUGUUGGGUUUUCUUACUCAGAUUGUUUAUUGCUUCAUUUGUUUUCUUCGAUGCUUCUUUUAUUUGUUUGUUGUCUUCCUUUAAUUCUUCUUUUGUUUGGUCGCAUUUUUUAUUUAAAUCGUCCAUCAUCUUGGUUAUUGCUUUCAGGAGGGUGUCCGUAUCCAGUGCGGGAGCGGGCAUACAUCUAACGGUCAUCUGCUGGUUUUUCAUCCGAGCAACGGUGCGAGAAAUGGGAGUUCCUGCUUCUGGGGCGUCGUCGUCCGUAUGCUCUCCCGAUGUUUCGUCCUCCAGCUCUUGGGCGGCCGAUGGAUCUUCCACUAGAAUGCAACUCUCCUCCACCUGCGUCGAAGAUAAAUCAUCCAGUACAUUGGGAUGGAAAUCGGCGGAUGCGGUGGCAGAUGCGGAUGGCGGCGAACAAUCGGGUGAGAUGUCUUCGGUGUCCGACAGACUUGG